AUGGAGGAGAGGCGCAGCGAGGGGCCGCAGGAGAGGCCGGCAUUUGGCGCUUCGUUCGACUCGCUGGUUGCAGCCGCGGGCGUGGAUGAAAUCAUUGCCCGCAGGCAGGCGCCUGCAGGCGCACAUGGCCAUCCAGCGAAUGGCGAAGCUGCAAGGGUGGAGAUGUGCGGCCCUGCCGGGUCCAUGGUGUCUCCCUUCGGCAACCACCCGAAGGGCAACUGGCGGCUGUCGUUUGGAGCGUCAAGGGCCAACAUGAACGGUGAAAUGGCGAAUGGAAGAAUGCAGACGGGGCCGGACAGCAUGCAAGGGCCACCAUCCUUCAAGAGGCGGAUGAGCAAUGACGGGGACGGAGGCGCGGGAGACGAGGCAGAAGGGGAAAUGACAUAUGAGGACGACGAGGACGACGCCGACUGGCAGCGGCGUGCUGGCCGCUCGAAGACCUCAAAGCGACGCAAAGGGUAUUAUGUUGCCGCAAGGCGCCCGCUCCGCCACUUCCUGCAGCCUGUUGCCAUGAUGAGCUCAGACACAACAGGGCGGAGGCGCAGGGGCCGCCCACCGGGGUCUGGCAACAGACGGCCCAUGGCGCCACAGAGGGUGGGCCCCGACGGACAUAAGAGGUUCAAUCUGCGAUCUGCAAAAUACACGGGCGUGUACAGGACGCCUGCCAACAGAUGGAGGGCGCAGUUCUGCCACAGGGGGCAGGUCGUCCAGCUUGGUAUGUACGACAAUGAGGCCUCUGCAGCCAGGCGAUGGGACAUGGAGGCACUGCGACUCAGGGGCGAACAGACUCCCCUCAACUUUCCACACCUCAAGCCCAUCUACAUGAAGCAGUUGUCACAACUCACACACUUUGGCAAGAAUGAUCCGGACCCAGAUGUGGUACUGUACGGGCCACCCCCAGAACUCAAUGAUGAGCUCCUUGCCCAGUACCAGGAUGAUCCAGAGUGCAGCAAGAAGAUGGCAAUGGACCCUGUGCCCUCACGUGACAGGCAUCCCCUCUCAAGGGGUAUGCCCCUUCACGCGCAGCUGCAGGCAUCAGACAUCGUCAUAGCCCCAAUUGUGACAUCGAUGAACAAUCGUGAUCCCCGCCAAUUCCAUGGCCAGCCUGGUGGAGGCAAUGUUGCUGAACAGAUGCACCACUCAAUGCCACCCAUGCCAUCGCCCACCUUCCACACAAUGGAAGGUGCACAUGCACCCAUUCCGAUACUUGGGGGUCAUCCACAUAUGAAUGGACAGAGUUCAGCGAUAGUGCCAAUGGACUCCGUCCACUCAGGGCUUCCAUCGGCAAAAGCCUUGUUGAAAUCGGGAAGUUCUGCAGUUUCCGAGACUCUGCACUUGGCUACAGACAAUGGUAGCUCACCGACAGCAGAGCCACAGGGUGUGAAGGUGGUUCCAGAGACAGUGCUGACACAUGUGAGGCGCAUGAUGGAGAGUGUUGUCAAGGCGGCAGAGAAAGACAUUCAGGGCGCCCAAGAGCGGUACGACAGAGCAAUGGACGUGUUGAUCAUUGGAGAGGCGAUGAAGCGAGAAGCCCAGAUAUGUGUGGAUGUGUCCCGCGUCCGGAAGGAAGCGGCACAGAAACUCCUCAUGAAAUUUGGCACAGUGUUGGACCCCGCGGUGCCCAACAGCCAAGAGGGCCAGCAGGGCCAGCAGGUUCCGCAGAUCCAGCAGGUCCAGCAAGACCAACAGGGACAGGAGGUUCAGCAGGUGCAGCAAGGCCAGCAAGAACAGCAGGGUGAGUGA